AUGGGCCUCCUCUAUCUCGGCACACCCCUCACCUGGGACGAGACAAAGCCAUACGCGGAUCAUGUCAGGACGCAUGGUAUCACCCAGUUCCUUCAUAUCUGGGAUCGUCUCAAGGACCGGCACGGCGACGAACUCCUCUGGGGAGACGAGGUCGAGUACAUGGUCGCCGCGUUCGACGAUCAGGACAAGAACGCGAAGCUCUCCCUCCGCCAGACCGAGAUCCUCGCCAAGCUCCAGGCCAUUACGGACGAUAUCGCAGACACCCGGGGAGACUCGCAGUCCGUGCCCACCUUCCACCCCGAGUAUGGCCGGUUCAUGCUCGAGUCCACUCCCGGAGCCCCGUACACGGGGGAGAUCCGUGAUCUGCUCUCCGUCGAGAGCGACAUGCGCCAUCGCCGCGCGCUCGCCCGCAAGCAUCUCAAGGACAAUGAAAUUCCGUUCACCAUGACAUCAUACCCACGCCUCGGAGCACCGGGCGUAUUUACCGAGCCGCACUACGACCCUGAAGACGCCGAGUCGAGCCACAGCUUCUUCCUCCCGGAGGAGAUCACAAACCCCCAUGCACGUUUCCCGACGCUCACCGCUAACAUCAGAAGGCGGAGGGGUGCGAAGGUGGCCAUCAACCUCCCGCUCUUUAUUGACUCGCGCACUCCCCGCCCGUUCGUCGAUCCCACAAUUCCAUGGCAGCGAACACUGUACCCAGAGGAUCCUGAGGCGAAGCAGGGAGCGGCGCUUAUAGACCACAUCUACAUGGACGCGAUGGGCUUCGGAAUGGGCUGCAGUUGUCUUCAACUCACGUUCCAGGCUUGUAAUAUCAAUGAGGCGCGGCGGUUGUAUGACGCUCUCAUUCCGAUUGCUCCACUUAUGCUCGCUCUUACAGCUGCUAGCCCGCUGUGGCGAGGGUAUAUCGCCAACGUCGAUUGCAGAUGGGAUGUUAUCUCAGGUUGCGUAGACGACAGAACAGAAGAGGAGCGGGGCUUGAAGCCGCUCAAAGAAGGCCGCUUCAAAAUCCCGAAAUCACGCUAUGAUAGCGUCAGCCUGUAUAUUUCCGAGUACUGGAUGAACCGUCCCAAGGACUAUAACGACAUAGACGCACCUCACGACCCUGCUAUCUUUGACCGUCUGCGCGAACAUGGCGUCGACGAGUUGCUUUCGAGACAUAUCGCACAUCUAUUUAUUCGGGACCCCCUGGUAAUAUUCUCCGAGACCAUCCACCAAGAUGACACAGUCAGCACCGAUCACUUCGAAAACAUCCAAUCGACCAACUGGCAGACAUUGCGUUUCAAGCCACCUCCCGCCGGCUCAUCCAUUGGCUGGCGCGUGGAGUUCCGGCCCAUGGAGGUGCAGUUGACAGAUUUCGAGAAUGCGGCAUUUGCGUGCUUCAUUGUUCUCCUCUCCCGUGCCAUCCUACACUUUAAUCUCAACCUCUACAUCCCCAUCUCCAAGGUGGACGAGAAUAUGGCUCGGGCUCAGACGCGUGACGCGGUCCGCGCGCAACGCUUCUACUUCCGCAAGGAGGUCUUCCCCUCGGCAUCGUCUGCUCCAUCUUCGUGCGCAUCCUCCACACCGGGGUCGCCCAUCAGCGAGCACGGCAACCCCAUCGUUGUCAAUGGGGUAAACGGAAAGGAGAAAAAGCUGCGCAACUGCUUCCCUUUGCCGCCCAUGCCAGAUGAUGCUGUAAUCGCCAAGACGGUAGCUGACGAGUACGAGGAGAUGACCAUGGAAGAGAUCAUGAACGGGAAGACCGGCACGACCUUCCCCGGGCUGCUCAACCUCGUGUACAUGUACCUCGACACGCUCGACAUCGAGCCGGCGGCGCUCGCCCGGAUCGAGGACUACCUCGACCUCGUGCGCCGGCGCACGGACGGGCGGCUGCAGACCGCGGCGAGCUGGAUCCGCGAGUUCGUGCGCUCGCACCCGAAGUACGAGUUCGACUCGGUGGUGUCGAAGGAGGUCAACCACGACCUGAUGGUCGCCAUCGACGAGAUAGAACGCGGGCUGCGGGACGCGCCGGACCUGCUGCCGGCGAACCACCGUGCGAAGAGCCCGAAGGUGUGA